AUGCCUACACACGGCCUGCCAGGCCUUGAGGACAAGGUCUAUGUGCUCGUGACGGGUGCGAAUAGUGGCCUGGGAUAUUCAACGUGUUGCCGCCUUGCAGAUGAAUUUCUAGCCUCGUCCCAGAACAACCAUCGUUCAUUGACAGUCAUCUUCACCACCCGGAGCACGAAAAAGGGCAACGACACACUCCGCAGCCUACAAAAUCACCUCCGCACCUCCACCUCCGAUCCCUCCGCCGCCGCUCGGGUCACAUUCGUCCCUGAAAAUGUCGACCUCUGCAACCUCCUCUCUGUCCGCGCGUUGUCCCGCCGCUUGAACAAAACCUUCCCCAAACUCGACGCGAUUGUGCUCAAUGCCGGUAUAGGAGGAUGGACAGGUCUCGAUUGGCCUUCCGCCGUCUGGAACGUUUGCACCGACAUCAUUCAUGCGACGACCUGGCCGAGCUACAAGGUUGCGUCGACUGGCCUUAUAACAGAGAACCAGACAUCGAACCUCGCAGAAAAAGAACCCCGCCUGGGCACGGUCUUCUGCGCCAAUGUCUUCGGCCACUACAUGCUCACGCACAAUGUCAUGCCUCUCCUACACCGAUCCGGCUCUCCCAACGGGCCUGGUCGCGUCAUAUGGCUGUCCAGCACUGAAGCAACCAUCAGGGUCUUUGAUAUCGAGGAUAUCCAGGGUCUCCGGUCUCGUGCUCCUUACGAGUCAUCGAAGUGCCUGACAGAUCUUCUAUCCCUCACCUCCGACCUCCCAGGCACCGCUCCCUGGGUAAAGAGCUUCUACUCACCCGACUUCGACUCCGGCUCCGAAAAUAACCAGCCCACCUCCUCAACCCCGCCAAACACAUACCUCGGCCAUCCCGGUAUCUGUGCCACGGCCAUCAUUCCCCUCCCGACAAUCCUCAUAUACUCCAUGGUCGCCGCUUUCUGGCUAGCCCGCAUGCUCGGCUCUCCCUGGCAUACGCUUUCCACCUAUCUCGGUGCUAUCUCCCCCGUCUGGCUCGCCCUCUCCCCGCAAUCUGAGCUCGACGCCGCCGAGGCACCUUACCGAGAACGCGGCGGCGGCCGCGUGAAAUGGGGCUCUUCGGCGUCUCGGCUGGGUGUAGGCUCUUCGGCGUCCACGGAAGUUGAUGGAUGGGGCUAUGGAGGCGUUGUCGGGUCGGCGGUUCUAGCUGAGGACAGGGCCAGGAGGCGGAAGCGCGGCGCGGUCGAUCUUACGGCCGAGGAGAAGGAACGGUUUGAAGGGCUGGGAAGGGAGUGUUGGAGGCAGAUGGAGGAGUUGAGGAUCCUGUGGGAUGACCUGCUUGAUGAGGAGGAGGAGAGGAGUGGUGUGAAGGAGUAG